AUCAUUAACAGUGUAAAGCUGGAGGAUGCUGGGAACUACACCUGCGUGGCUACAAGUGCAGGAGUGUCCAGCGUUGAGCAUAGAAGUCGAGUAGUGAUAAAGAAAGUUCAUCCUGGUGUUGCUCUUCAUCCGGGACCUCACUACAUCGCUGAAGGAAGUAAUUUCAGUUUUCCAGCCUGUCACGUGACUGGCGACCCAGUCCCAAUUGUCACCUGGAGGAAAUCAUCGGGUAAGUUACCCCAGGGGAGGAUGCAGUAUAACAACAGUGCUUUACAGAUCUCAGAUGUCCGUAAAAGCGACUCUGAUACGUAUCUCUGCUCAGCCGUCAACCUGGUAGGAAGUGAUGAAAGAAAAACUCUUUUGGUCGUUGUUCCUCCUCCUCGUUUCACUUUAAAACCGUCUGUGAAGGUGGUUGCCUCUCUUGGCAACAAUUUGACGCUGAAAUGUAGCGCCACCGGUGAUCCACAACCUGUCAUCAGUUGGAAAAGACAAGGAGUGAAAUUGCCAGUUGGGCGGAGUCACGUGUCAAAAGAAGCGCUGAUUAUUAACAGUGUAAAGCUGGAGGAUGCUGGGAACUACACCUGCGUGGCUACAAGUGCAGGAGUGUCCAGCGUUGAGCAUAGAAGUCGAGUAGUGGUCGAACCAGUUCGUCUUGUCAAUGGCGGAGCAUCCUUUGGCCGUGUUGAGGUUUAUUACAAUGGAUCAUGGGGCACAGUCUGCGAUGAUAGCUGGGAUAUCAAUGAUGCUAAUGUGGUAUGUCGUCAGCUUGGCUUCUUUCGUGCAUCCAGGGCUCCUAUCCUAGCAGAGUACGGUCAGGGGUCUGGCACAACCUGGAUGGAUGACGUCAGAUGUCAAGGAGGAGAGGCAUCCCUACUACUCUGUACUCACAAUGGAUGGGGAUCUGAGAACUGUGGUCAUAGCGAGGAUGCAAGUGUGGAGUGCGAAGUAGUUCGUUUAGUCAAUGGCGGAACAUUAUACGGCCGAGUUGAGGUUUAUUUCAGUGGACAAUGGGGCACAGUGUGUGAUGAUGGCUGGGAUAUCAAGGAUGCUAAUGUGGUGUGUCGUGAGCUGGGCUUUUCUCGUGCAUCCGGGUCUCCUCAUGGAGCUAAAUAUGGUCAGGGGUCUGGUACUAUUGCGAUACAUGACGUCAAUUGCCAUGGAAGAGAGGCAUCGCUACUAGAGUGUCCUCUUGUUGGGUGGGGAACAUCUGACUGUAGUCAUAGCAAGGAUGCAAGUGUGGAGUGUGAAGUAAUGGUUCGUUUAGUCAAUGGCAGAGCAUCUUAUGGCCGUGUUGAGGUUUAUUACAGUGGGCAGUGGGGAACAGUGUGUGAUAAUUCCUGGGAUAUCAAUGAUGCUAAUGUGGUAUGUCGUCAGCUUGGCUUCUUUCGUGCAUCCGGGGCUCCCAGGGGAGCAACGUACGGUCAGGGGUCUGGUACUAUCUGGAUGGAUAGAGUCGUUUGUCGAGGAGAUGAGGCAUCGCUACAAGAGUGUCCUCAUAAUAGAUGGAGAACAUCUGGCUGUAGUCAUAGCAAGGAUGCAAGUGUGGAGUGUGAAGGAGUUCGUUUAGUCAGUGGUGGACAAUUUUAUGGCCGUGUUGAGGUUUAUCACAGUGGACAAUGGGGCACAGUGUGUGAUGAUGACUGGGAUAUCAAUGAUGCUAAUGUGGUAUGUCGUGAGCUGGGCUUCUCCCGAGCUUCCAGUGCACCUCGUGAAGCGAAAUACGGUCAGGGGUCUGGUACUAUCUGGAUGGAUGGCAUCAAUUGUCAAGGAGAUGAGGCAUCGCUACUAGAGUGCCCCUAUGAAUUAGAUACAUCUGAUUGUAGUCAUAGCGACGAUGCAAGUGUUGAGUGUGAAGUAAUGGUUCGUUUGGUCAAUGGCGGAGCAUCUUAUGGCCGUGUUGAGGUUUAUUACAGAGGGCAAUGGGGCACAGUUUGUGAUAAUUAUUGGGAUAUCAAUGAUGCUAAUGUGGUAUGUCGUCAGCUUGGCUUCUUUCGUGCAUCCGGGGCUCCCAGGAGAGCAAAGUACGGUCAGGGGUCUGGUACAGUCUGGAUGAAUAGAGUCGCUUGUCAAGGAGGAGAGGCAUCGCUACAGCAGUGUAGUCGUGGAAGAUUGGGAACAGCUGACUGUAGUCAUAGCAAGGAUGCAAGUGUGGAGUGUUCAGCAGUUCGCUUAGUCAAUGGCGGAGCAUUAUAUGGCCGUGUUGAGGUUUAUUACAGUGGGGAAUGGGGAACAGUGUGUGAUAAUCACUGGGAUAUCAAUGAUGCUAAUGUGGUAUGUCGUGAGCUGGGCUUCUCCCGAGCAUCCGGGGCUCCUCGUCAAGCAAAAUACGGUCAGGGGUCUGGUACUAUCUGGAUGGAUGGCGUCAAUUGUCAAGGAGAUGAAGCAUCGUUACGAGAGUGUACCUAUGACGCGGAUACAUCUGACUGUAGUCAUAGCGAGGAUGCGAGUGUUGAGUGUGAAGUAAUGGUUCGUUUAGUCAAUGGUGGAGCAUCUUAUGGCCGUGUUGAGGUUUAUUACAGUAGGCAGUGGGGCACAGUGUGUGAUGAUUACUGGGAUAUCAAUGAUGCUAAUGUGGUAUGUCGUCAGCUUGGCUUCUUUCGUGCAUCCGGGGCUCCCAGGAGAGCAACGUACGGUCGGGGGUCUGGUACAAUCUGGAUGAAUAGAGUCGCUUGUCAAGGAGGAGAGGCAUCGCUACAGCAGUGUAGUCGUGGAAGAUUGGGAACAGCUGACUGUAGUCAUAGCAAGGAUGCAAGUGUGGAGUGUUCAGCAGUUCGCUUAGUCAAUGGCGGAGCAUUAUAUGGCCGUGUUGAGGUUUAUUACAGUGGGGAAUGGGGAACAGUGUGUGAUAAUCACUGGGAUAUCAAUGAUGCUAAUGUGGUAUGUCGUGAGCUGGGCUUCUCCCGAGCAUCCGGGGCUCCUCGUCAAGCAAAAUACGGUCAGGGGUCUGGUACUAUCUGGAUGGAUGGCGUCAAUUGUCAAGGAGAUGAAGCAUCGUUACGAGAGUGUACCUAUGACGCGGAUACAUCUGACUGUAGUCAUAGCGAGGAUGCGAGUGUUGAGUGUGAAGUAAUGGUUCGUUUAGUCAAUGGUGGAGCAUCUUAUGGCCGUGUUGAGGUUUAUUACAGUAGGCAGUGGGGCACAGUGUGUGAUGAUUACUGGGAUAUCAAUGAUGCUAAUGUGGUAUGUCGUCAGCUUGGCUUCUUUCGUGCAUCCGGGGCUCCCAGGAGAGCAACGUACGGUCGGGGGUCUGGUACAAUCUGGAUGAAUAGAGUCGCUUGUCAAGGAGGAGAGGCAUCGCUACAGCAGUGUAGUCGUGGAAGAUUGGGAACAGCUGACUGUAGUCAUAGCAAGGAUGCAAGUGUGGAGUGUUCAGCAGUUCGCUUAGUCAAUGGCGGAGCAUUAUAUGGCCGUGUUGAGGUUUAUUACAGUGGGGAAUGGGGAACAGUGUGUGAUAAUCACUGGGAUAUCAAUGAUGCUAAUGUGGUAUGUCGUGAGCUGGGCUUCUCCCGAGCAUCCGGGGCUCCUCGUCAAGCAAAAUACGGUCAGGGGUCUGGUACUAUCUGGAUGGAUGGCGUCAAUUGUCAAGGAGAUGAAGCAUCGUUACGAGAGUGUACCUAUGACGCGGAUACAUCUGACUGUAGUCAUAGCGAGGAUGCGAGUGUUGAGUGUGAAGUAAUGGUUCGUUUAGUCAAUGGUGGAGCAUCUUAUGGCCGUGUUGAGGUUUAUUACAGUAGGCAGUGGGGCACAGUGUGUGAUGAUUACUGGGAUAUCAAUGAUGCUAAUGUGGUAUGUCGUCAGCUUGGCUUCUUUCGUGCAUCCGGGGCUCCCAGGAGAGCAACGUACGGUCGGGGGUCUGGUACAAUCUGGAUGAAUAGAGUCGCUUGUCAAGGAGGAGAGGCAUCGCUACAGCAGUGUAGUCGUGGAAGAUUGGGAACAGCUGACUGUAGUCAUAGCAAGGAUGCAAGUGUGGAGUGUUCAGCAGUUCGCUUAGUCAAUGGCGGAGCAUUAUAUGGCCGUGUUGAGGUUUAUUACAGUGGGGAAUGGGGAACAGUGUGUGAUAAUCACUGGGAUAUCAAUGAUGCUAAUGUGGUAUGUCGUGAGCUGGGCUUCUCCCGAGCAUCCGGGGCUCCUCGUCAAGCAAAAUACGGUCAGGGGUCUGGUACUAUCUGGAUGGAUGGCGUCAAUUGUCAAGGAGAUGAAGCAUCGUUACGAGAGUGUACCUAUGACGCGGAUACAUCUGACUGUAGUCAUAGCGAGGAUGCGAGUGUUGAGUGUGAAGUAAUGGUUCGUUUAGUCAAUGGUGGAGCAUCUUAUGGCCGUGUUGAGGUUUAUUACAGUAGGCAGUGGGGCACAGUGUGUGAUGAUUACUGGGAUAUCAAUGAUGCUAAUGUGGUAUGUCGUCAGCUUGGCUUCUUUCGUGCAUCCGGGGCUCCCAGGAGAGCAACGUACGGUCGGGGGUCUGGUACAAUCUGGAUGAAUAGAGUCGCUUGUCAAGGAGGAGAGGCAUCGCUACAGCAGUGUAGUCGUGGAAGAUUGGGAACAGCUGACUGUAGUCAUAGCAAGGAUGCAAGUGUGGAGUGUUCAGCAGUUCGCUUAGUCAAUGGCGGAGCAUUAUAUGGCCGUGUUGAGGUUUAUUACAGUGGGGAAUGGGGAACAGUGUGUGAUAAUCACUGGGAUAUCAAUGAUGCUAAUGUGGUAUGUCGUGAGCUGGGCUUCUCCCGAGCAUCCGGGGCUCCUCGUCAAGCAAAAUACGGUCAGGGGUCUGGUACUAUCUGGAUGGAUGGCGUCAAUUGUCAAGGAGAUGAAGCAUCGUUACGAGAGUGUACCUAUGACGCGGAUACAUCUGACUGUAGUCAUAGCGAGGAUGCGAGUGUUGAGUGUGAAGUAAUGGUUCGUUUAGUCAAUGGUGGAGCAUCUUAUGGCCGUGUUGAGGUUUAUUACAGUAGGCAGUGGGGCACAGUGUGUGAUGAUUACUGGGAUAUCAAUGAUGCUAAUGUGGUAUGUCGUCAGCUUGGCUUCUUUCGUGCAUCCGGGGCUCCCAGGAGAGCAACGUACGGUCGGGGGUCUGGUACAAUCUGGAUGAAUAGAGUCGCUUGUCAAGGAGGAGAGGCAUCGCUACAGCAGUGUAGUCGUGGAAGAUUGGGAACAGCUGACUGUAGUCAUAGCAAGGAUGCAAGUGUGGAGUGUUCAGCAGUUCGCUUAGUCAAUGGCGGAGCAUUAUAUGGCCGUGUUGAGGUUUAUUACAGUGGGGAAUGGGGAACAGUGUGUGAUAAUCACUGGGAUAUCAAUGAUGCUAAUGUGGUAUGUCGUGAGCUGGGCUUCUCCCGAGCAUCCGGGGCUCCUCGUCAAGCAAAAUACGGUCAGGGGUCUGGUACUAUCUGGAUGGAUGGCGUCAAUUGUCAAGGAGAUGAAGCAUCGUUACGAGAGUGUACCUAUGACGCGGAUACAUCUGACUGUAGUCAUAGCGAGGAUGCGAGUGUUGAGUGUGAAGUAAUGGUUCGUUUAGUCAAUGGUGGAGCAUCUUAUGGCCGUGUUGAGGUUUAUUACAGUAGGCAGUGGGGCACAGUGUGUGAUGAUUACUGGGAUAUCAAUGAUGCUAAUGUGGUAUGUCGUCAGCUUGGCUUCUUUCGUGCAUCCGGGGCUCCCAGGAGAGCAACGUACGGUCGGGGGUCUGGUACAAUCUGGAUGAAUAGAGUCGCUUGUCAAGGAGGAGAGGCAUCGCUACAGCAGUGUAGUCGUGGAAGAUUGGGAACAGCUGACUGUAGUCAUAGCAAGGAUGCAAGUGUGGAGUGUUCAGCAGUUCGCUUAGUCAAUGGCGGAGCAUUAUAUGGCCGUGUUGAGGUUUAUUACAGUGGGGAAUGGGGAACAGUGUGUGAUAAUCACUGGGAUAUCAAUGAUGCUAAUGUGGUAUGUCGUGAGCUGGGCUUCUCCCGAGCAUCCGGGGCUCCUCGUCAAGCAAAAUACGGUCAGGGGUCUGGUACUAUCUGGAUGGAUGGCGUCAAUUGUCAAGGAGAUGAAGCAUCGUUACGAGAGUGUACCUAUGACGCGGAUACAUCUGACUGUAGUCAUAGCGAGGAUGCGAGUGUUGAGUGUGAAGUAAUGGUUCGUUUAGUCAAUGGUGGAGCAUCUUAUGGCCGUGUUGAGGUUUAUUACAGUAGGCAGUGGGGCACAGUGUGUGAUGAUUACUGGGAUAUCAAUGAUGCUAAUGUGGUAUGUCGUCAGCUUGGCUUCUUUCGUGCAUCCGGGGCUCCCAGGAGAGCAACGUACGGUCGGGGGUCUGGUACAAUCUGGAUGAAUAGAGUCGCUUGUCAAGGAGGAGAGGCAUCGCUACAGCAGUGUAGUCGUGGAAGAUUGGGAACAGCUGACUGUAGUCAUAGCAAGGAUGCAAGUGUGGAGUGUUCAGCAGUUCGCUUAGUCAAUGGCGGAGCAUUAUAUGGCCGUGUUGAGGUUUAUUACAGUGGGGAAUGGGGAACAGUGUGUGAUAAUCACUGGGAUAUCAAUGAUGCUAAUGUGGUAUGUCGUGAGCUGGGCUUCUCCCGAGCAUCCGGGGCUCCUCGUCAAGCAAAAUACGGUCAGGGGUCUGGUACUAUCUGGAUGGAUGGCGUCAAUUGUCAAGGAGAUGAAGCAUCGUUACGAGAGUGUACCUAUGACGCGGAUACAUCUGACUGUAGUCAUAGCGAGGAUGCGAGUGUUGAGUGUGAAGUAAUGGUUCGUUUAGUCAAUGGUGGAGCAUCUUAUGGCCGUGUUGAGGUUUAUUACAGUAGGCAGUGGGGCACAGUGUGUGAUGAUUACUGGGAUAUCAAUGAUGCUAAUGUGGUAUGUCGUCAGCUGGGCUUCUUCCGUGCAUCGAGGGCUCCUCAUGGAGCAGAGUACGGUCGGGGGUCUGGUACAACCUGGAUGGAUAACGUCAGAUGUAAAGGAGAAGAGGCAUCCCUGCUACUCUGUGCUCACAAUGGAUGGGGAUCUGAGAACUGUGAUCAUGAGGAGGAUGCAAGUGUGGAGUGUGUAGCAGUUCGUUUAGUCAAUGGCGGAGCAUUAUACGGCCGAGUUGAGGUUUAUUUCAGUGGACAAUGGGGCACAGUGUGUGAUGAUGCCUGGGAUAUCAAUGAUGCUAAUGUGGUGUGCCGUGAGCUGGGCUAUUCUCGUGCAUCCGGGGCUUCUACUGGAGCAAAGUACGGUCAGGGGUCUGGUACUAUCUGGAUGGAUGGCGUCAAUUGUCAAGGAGAAGAAGCAUCGCUACGAGAGUGUACCUAUGACGCGGAUACAUCUGACUGCAGUCAUAGCGACGAUGCAAGUGUUGAGUGUGAAGUAAUGGUUCGUUUAGUCAAUGGCGGAGCAUCUUAUGGCCGUGUUGAGGUUUAUUACAGUGGACAAUGGGGCACAGUGUGUGAUAAUUCCUGGGAUAUCAAUGAUGCUAAUGUGGUAUGUCAUCAUCUUGGCUUCCGUCGUGCAACCCGGGCUCCCAGGGGAGCAAAGUAUGGUCAAGGGUCUGGUACAAUCUGGAUGAGUAACGUCGCUUGUCAAGGAGGAGAGGCAUCGCUACAACAGUGUCCUCGUGGAAGAGUGGGAACAUCUGACUGUAGUCAUAGCGAGGAUGCAAGUGUGGAGUGUGAAGCAGUUCGUUUAGUCAAUGGCGGAGCAUUAUAUGGCCGUGUUGAGGUUUAUCACAGUGGGGAAUGGGGCACAGUGUGUGAUGAUGCCUGGGAUAUCAAUGAUGCUAAUGUGGUGUGCCGUGAGCUGGGCUAUUCUCGUGCAUCCGGGGCUUCUACUGGAGCAAAGUACGGUCAGGGGUCUGGUACUAUCUGGAUGGAUGGCGUCAAUUGUCAAGGAGAAGAAGCAUCGCUACGAGAGUGUACCUAUGACGCGGAUACAUCUGACUGCAGUCAUAGCGACGAUGCAAGUGUUGAGUGUGAAGUAAUGGUUCGUUUAGUCAAUGGCGGAGCAUCUUAUGGCCGUGUUGAGGUUUAUUACAGUGGACAAUGGGGCACAGUGUGUGAUAAUUCCUGGGAUAUCAAUGAUGCUAAUGUGGUAUGUCAUCAUCUUGGCUUCCGUCGUGCAACCCGGGCUCCCAGGGGAGCAAAGUAUGGUCAAGGGUCUGGUACAAUCUGGAUGAGUAACGUCGCUUGUCAAGGAGGAGAGGCAUCGCUACAACAGUGUCCUCGUGGAAGAGUGGGAACAUCUGACUGUAGUCAUAGCGAGGAUGCAAGUGUGGAGUGUGAAGCAGUUCGUUUAGUCAAUGGCGGAGCAUUAUAUGGCCGUGUUGAGGUUUAUCACAGUGGGGAAUGGGGCACAGUGUGUGAUGAUGCCUGGGAUAUCAAUGAUGCUAAUGUGGUGUGCCGUGAGCUGGGCUAUUCUCGUGCAUCCGGGGCUUCUACUGGAGCAAAGUACGGUCAGGGGUCUGGUACUAUCUGGAUGGAUAACGUCAAUUGUCAAGGAGAAGAAGCAUCGCUACGAGAGUGUACCUAUGACGCGGAUACAUCUGACUGCAGUCAUAGCGACGAUGCAAGUGUUGAGUGUGAAGUAAUGGUUCGUUUAGUCAAUGGCGGAGCAUCUUAUGGCCGUGUUGAGGUUUAUUACAGUGGGGAAUGGGGAACAGUGUGUGAUGAUGGCUGGGAUAUCAAGGAUGCUAGUGUGGUGUGUCGUGAGCUGGGCUUCUCUCGUGCAUCCAGGGCUCCGGGAAGUACAAAAUAUGGUCAGGGGUCUGGUACUAUCUGGAUGGAUGACGUCAUGUGUCAAGGAGGAGAGGCAUCGCUACUACUCUGUGCUCAUAAUGGAAUGGGGAAUGAGAACUGUAGUCAUAGCGAGGAUGCAAGUGUGGAGUGCGAGUAAAACCAUUACAGAAUUGUAAAGUUUUGAUUGUGAGUUAUCAUGUAGAUUUUUUCUGCAAUACCAAUCGACACUACUUAUUUGAAACUGACACGUUUGUUAUUCAUAGAAUAAUGGUAGAAAGUUCAAAGUUGUUCGAACAAAAAAUGAAAUAAAGAUCUCUAUUUUUGUAAGAAUUAUAUAGACUUUCUAAAAGUCCUAUUUUUUUUCUGUAGCAAGUAUUCAAAAUUAAAUAGACGUAGUUUGGCUAUGUUUUGGAAAAGGCGAUGCAUACAAGAACUGAGAAAUAGAGAGUGACCAUUGAUAAAAACAUUUAAACACACACUUAUUAUUGUCUUCAGGUGAUUCCAUGUUGCCUUUAGUUCACUUAGACGAUACGCGGGUAAAUAAAUGAUUGAUUGAUUGAUUGAUUGAUU